CCACGCACCACGGCAAUGCUGAUAUGUUGCCGCAGCCAGGCUGUCUCGCGCGGAGCUCUCCGCUGCGCUGCCUGACGCGCCUGCCGAUGUCCUGCACCAGGUAGCUUGAGGCAUGGGUCUCCACGGCAGGAGGCGUGAAUUCGUAGCGCAGGGCGAGGGCCGCGUUGCGUUGGUAUUUACGGUCCUUGCUCGGCCGGCUUCGCCAGCUGUAGAAGGUAAGCUGAGCGCAAUGGAAGGAAAUGAAGGAGCAGGAAGUGGAGGGGGAAACGGUGAGGGAGAGGAAGGAGGAGGAAGGGAAGGAGCACCACUUCUUAACGAAGAUCUGAAUGAAGCAACUACGGGAGAGGCGGUGCAAGAGGAGGGCAUGGUUCCCGAGACGCAGGAGGACACGCUCAUCUCCCGAAAGAUGUCCCUCUCGCAGGACUCAGGCAGCGUGGAGCGAGGCCUGUGGCAGAACAAAUGGGAUUACUUCCUCUCCGUGGCGGGCUUUGCCAUCGGACUGGCCAAUGUGUGGCGCUUCCCUUACCUCUGCUACAUGAACGGCGGGGGAGCUUUCCUGAUACCAUACGUGCUCACGCUAGUGCUGAUCGGCCUCCCCUUGUACUUGCUGGAGUCUUCACUGGGCCAGUUCACCUCCUCGUCUUGCCUCACUCUGUACCGUGUGUGUCCUAUCCUCAAGGGCGCGGGCUACGCAACCUUCCUGGUGAACCUGGUGUUUGUGACGGUGUACAACGUGAUCAUCGCUUACCCACUUGUCUACCUCUGCCAUUCCUUCACCAGCAUCCUCCCGUGGUCCACUUGCGACAACACGUGGAAUAGCCCGGAGUGCAGCGGCACGGAGAAUUACUACAACUUCACUCUCAACUCCAGCGAUGCCGCCCCGCCCUCCCCGGCAGACGAAUUCUUCCAUAAGCACAUUCUAGAGCUGUCUGGGAGCAUGACGGAGCUGGCGGGGUUCCGGUGGCCAGUGGUUGGCGCCUCUGUGUUCACGUGGGUGUUCGUCUUCCUCUGCGUCUUCAAAGGCAUCAAUGUGUUCGGCAAGGUCGUUUGGUUCACCGCUACGUUCCCUUUCAUCAUGCUCUUCACGCUGCUCUUCCGUGGCCUCACGCUGCCCGGGGCCUGGGACGGCAUCUACUUCUACCUAAACCCAAACUUCGCCAAGCUGACUGACCUCAAGGUGUGGGCGGCAGCUGCGGCUCAGAUCUUCUACUCGCUGGGGCCUGGCUGGGGGAUCUUGACCUCGCUCGGCUCUUACAACAAGUUCCGGAACAGGUGCCAGCGUGACGCCCUGGUGGUGCCGCUGCUUAACUGCUUCACCUCCAUCCUGGCGGGCUUCGUGGUGUUUUCCGUGCUGGGCUUCAUGGCUCACCGCACCGGCACAUCCGUGGAGAAUGUGACUGCUGCUGGUCCGUCCCUUGUGUUCAUAACGUACCCUGAGGCACUGUCCCUGAUGCCCUUCGCUCCUCUCUGGGCUGUUCUGUUCUUCCUUAUGAUCUUCUUCCUUGGUAUCGACUCAAUGAUUGCCCACAUUGAGAACCUGACCGUGUCUCUGGUGGACGAGUACCCGAGGCUGCGGCCCCAUCGGAGCCUGGUGACCUUCGUUGUUUGUCUGGUGGACGUGAUGGUGUCCCUCCUCUUCUGUACCAGGGGUGGGAUGUACUGGCUGGCGCUAGUGGACUGGUACAGCUCCUCCUACACCCUCAUUCUGAACUGUCUGUGUGAGAUUCUUGUCUUCGGAUUCAUUUAUGGCGCCGGGAAGACGGUGCGGGACCUGCAGAUGAUGACUGGCGAGAGGGUUAACUACUUCUGGUAUGGCUCGUGGCUGGUGGUGACGCCCCUCGGAAUUCUGUUUAUCUUCAUCAACACGGUGGUGAGCAGCGCCCCAGCAAGUUACCGCGGGCAGGAACUGCCGGGCUGGGCGCAGAGCAUCGGCUGGUUAACCGCUGUCACCUCCAUGGCUGCUGUUCCUCUCUACAUUGUGUACUACCUCACGUGUGGCUCUAAAGGCAACCCAUGCAAGCGCCUCAAAACCGGUUUCACGCCCAAGGAAUCAUGGGGUCCCGCCAGCGAGUCCCACAGGGAGGAAUGGCUGGCCCUGUGUCGCCAGGAACCCCUCCGUAAUCGCUUCCUACAUCCAGACUUGAGCUACCCUCACCCGCGGCCGGGUUCCUCCGACACCGUCCCGCUAAAGUCCCCCAGAGCAGAUCAGUCUCCUGUCAAGAACAAAGCAUCUAAGAGAGUUCAAGUCUGACGGCAAGAUGCUGAUCUGAGAUGAGGGCGACGAGUCCUAGCCCACCGCCACCCACGCACUUCACGUAAAAGGUCACUGUCAGCGUCCUGGCGUCUUCCUAGUCGUCGUCGUUGUCAUUGUCGUUGUCGUUGUCAUGGCCAUCAUUGUAAGAAGCCUGCUGAUCUGUAUAUAUAUCAGGCUGUCGAAGGAAGCCGUUCCUCACCCUGCGGCAUAUUCAUUCUCCACCUUAAGGUCACACGCUGUCAGUCACCUUACACUUCAGUUUUGUGCUGCUGUUCCAUCCUUGUCAUCUCACUCGUAGUCAUGAAAACAAUAAUGUUAGUUUUAGCAGGCAAUUUUGGUAUGAUGCACUACCAUGUAUGAUACACACACACACACACACAUAGCAUCAAAUAUAUAAUGACUGCUGGCGUGGGCAGAAAUGAGAAUCGAAUCGAGCUCUUUCUGACGAAAUCUUAUUGGUAGAUUUUAUUUCUUAUGUUGAUAAGUCCUCGGGAACAAUUCAAUCUUAAAUACUAAAAUCCAAGAAAUCAUCAAGACUGAUUUCGAUAAGUACAACACAGUAGUACGUGUCAGCCGUUACAAACUUGUGGCUUUUAGACUCUCUUGAGGAUCGACUUGUGUUGCCGCAGCUGAUCAAGAACUGCACGUGUUCACGGCUGCCUGCGCUCCUGGCGCCCAGAUGUUACUAGUAUUUUUUUGGUGAUGGCAUGUAGACCAUCGCCUCAAUGCAUCCGUUUCAUGCCACACUUGCGGCACUGUGGCCACCCACUGGUGAUUGCCGACGUUACCUGCUCCGUAUUAUCCCCUCUCCUCUUCCUCCUCCUUCUUCUUUCUCCUCCUCCUCUUUCUCUCCAUCCUCCCACUUCUCCCCCACCCUCAACCUACUCCUCAUCAUCAUCCUUACCCUCCCCCUCAUCCUCCUCUUCUUCCUUCUGAUCCUCCUCCUGCUUGGAAGCGAAUCCUGUGAUCACCUUAUUGCAAAGUUUCCACUCACUUUUGCUCUCAUAUUUGCACGUGUUGUUUUAAUGGUUUGAUUGACACUUACAUAACUUCCUCGGUACGUUAAACGAACACUAAAGUCUUCACCUGCUACUCACACGAAACUUUCCGGCCAUCGAGGUCCACGUCUUACUUAUUCGUAAGACAUGAAUAGGGAAGCGUACAGAAAAUGCUGGUAUAGAGGGUCAAUAAUGAUACACUUGAGUAAUUGCUGUCAAACACGUAGUGAGUAUCAUUGGUGGGUCUUAUUGCGAUAAUGUAUCGCGAUGGUGUAUCGUAUCGCGAUAACGAUAUCGGGUUAUCCGUUAUGCGAUAAUUAUUUUCCUGCGCUAUCGAUUCAUCGGUAUCGUCGAUACUGUUAGUUCCAAACUAGCGAUAAUCGAUAAUUUUAAUUUUUGGAACAUUAGCAUGUUGAGGUUUGUAACUUUUAAAACAAAAUGUAGCUAUUUGAUUUAAAACAGUGCUUUUCAUUAGUGAAGAGGCAGGACAAACAUUGAAUUUCAAUUUUUUUCUAAUAUUUUUCUAAGUGUUCUAAGAUAAAGAUAAAAAUAAAGAUUUGAAUUUUUCGAUUUUUUUAUUUGGAACAUCAAUAUCGUUAUCGCUAGUAUCGGAAUUUUGGAUCUAAAGAUUUAUAGGUUAUCGGUUAUCGGCGACAAAAUUAUCGCUAGUUAUCGAUUACACUAUGAAACACGAUUUUUCUCUUUGACAAGCAGGUGUUAUUUUCCAACUCUUUCCAUUACAAAACAAUAGAAAAUUAUUAUUCCUGUCAAACUUUGCUUUUGUGGAUUUCAGAAUAUUUUUUUUGCCCCAAAGUAGCUAAAUUUCACCAUUUUCACCAUUUUUGGACAGAAAAAAAAUUCAAAUGACACAAAAAUUAUUUCAAGACUUCUGAAACUAAUUUUAGAAUUAAAAAUGAACAGUUUUUCUUGAUUUGUGUGAAUACAACAAGUCACUUUCACGUAUGAGCCGCAAAUGUAGUCUCCCAUCAUGUUUUCAUUGAAGGAUCCCUGAUAUCUCUGUUCAAAGUUCAUUAUAUCUUAAUGGAAGCGCUCCCCUUGUUCCUCUGAAUAUGCUCCCAUAGUCUCCUUGAAGUUGCUGAGGUGAGCAUUUAGGAUAUAGACCUUCAAUAACGUUUUCUUUGGCUGGUCACUUGCACAUUGUCAUCAAGUAAAUCCCAUUCCUUCAACCUUGAAAUCAAAAGCUCACCAUUUGACUUUGUCAAACCAAGAUCUCUGAUGAGGUUAUUAAGGUCUCUCUGGUUUGGGUAACAAGGAUUCCUCUUAACUACAACUGUAUCUGUGAUGUCACAGUCUUCCUCUCUGUUUAGCUAAUCUUCUGACUUGCAGCUUUCUUCUGAUGGUGGAAUUCUUUCUGGAGGAGCUGGUACAGGAAGAACAGCACUGUGUGGUACUGGUGCAAUGGAAGAUGAAAUGUCUGGAUAGAAAACAGCAGAUGCAUUUUUCCCAGAUCGGCGUUUGGAAGGAUCCACCGUGCAGAAAAAGCAGUCAGCUGAGUGAUCAGUAGGUUCACGCCACAUUCUAGGAACAGCAAAUUCCAUGGCUCUGUUUUCCCCUCUAUACCAUCCUGUAAAAGAACAACAGUAUGAGUUUCUGUUAAACUUAUCUUAUUUUUAUUCUUAAUUCUUAAUUGAUUUUACUCUUGAAAAAAAAAAUAACAGCUAUUUUACCUUUUAGUGCUCUCUUACAAUGCUUACAAGUAAAAGAGGUGCCCAGGUCUUGUCUUGGUCCCCAACUGGCACAGCAAAAUAUGCUUUAUAAGCUUCACGCAUUUUUUCCAGAUGCUGUCACACAGAACUUCUUUGCUCUUGUCUUGAUGAAUUGAGCACGUAUGUAGCAGAAUGCAUCUAGAGAAUGACUGCAGCCUCUUGAUGCCAUUCCACCUCUAGUGAUGUGCUCUCAGGCAGCUAAAGCAGAAUUGAUUGGUGGUCUGCAAGCCCCUACUUUUAUAUUGUCAAGACUUUGGUGAAACUUUUGCUGUUGCCUUGGACAUAUCAAAAGCCUUUGAUAGAGUCUGGCACAAAGCUUUGAUUUCCAAACUACCCUCCUACGGUUUCUAUCCUUCUCUCUGUAACUUCAUCUCAAGUUUCCUUUCUGACCGUUCUAUUGCAGCUGUGGUAGACGGUCACUGUUCUUCUCCUAAAUCUAUUAACAGUGGCGUUCCUCAGGGUUCUGUCCUGUCACCCACUCUCUUCUUAUUAUUCAUUAAUGAUCUUCUAAACCAAACUUCUUGUCCUAUCCACUCCUAUGCUGAUGAUACCACCCUGCACUUUUCCACGUCUUUUCAUAGACGUCCAACCCUUCAGGAGGUAAACAUAUCACGCAGGGAAGCCACAGAACGCCUGACUUCUGAUCUUUCUAAAAUUUCUGAUUGGGGCAGAGCAAACUUGGUAUUGUUCAAUGCCUCAAAAACUCAAUUCCUCCAUCUAUCAACUCGACACAACCUUCCAGACAACUAUCCCCUCUUCUUCAAUGACACUCAACUUUCCCCUUCUUCUACACUGAACAUCCUCGGUCUGUCCUUUACUUAUAAUCUGAACUGGAAACUUCACAUCUCAUCUCUAGCUAAAACAGCUUCUAUGAAGUUAGGUGUUCUGAGACGUCUCCGCUAGUUUUUCUCACCCCCCCAGCUGCUAACUCUGUACAAGGGCCUUAUCCGUCCAUGUAUGGAGUAUGCUUCACAUGUCUGGGGGGGUUCCACUCAUACUGCUCUUCUAGACAGGGUGGAAUCAAAAGCUUUUCGUCUCAUCAACUCCUCUCCUCUAACUGACUGUCUUCAGCCCCUCUCUCACCGCCGCAAUGUUGCAUAUCUAGCUGUCUUCUACCGCUAUUUUCAUGCCAACUGCUCUUCUGAUCUUGCUAACUGCAUGCCUCCCCUCCUUCCACGGCCUCGCUGCACAAGACUUUCUUCUUUCUCUCACCCCUAUUCUGUCCACCUCUCUAACGCAAGAGUUAACCAGUAUUCUCAAUCAUUCAUCCCUUUCUCUGGUAAACUCUGGAACUCCCUGCCUGCUUCUGUAUUUCCACCUUCCUAUGACUUGAAUUCCUUCAAGAGGGAGGUUUCAAGACACUUAUCCACCAAUUUUUGACCACUGCUUUGACCCUUUUAUGGGACUGGCAUUUCAGUGGGCAUUUUUUUUAUUAGAUUUUUGUUGCCCUUGGCCAGUAUCCUUCCUACAUAAAAAAAAAAAGUACUCUAAAAUAUUCUUAGUCUUUCUAGAAUGUGUUCCAGAAUGUUCUCAAUCUUUCUAGAAUAUUAUUGAACCUACUUUAGAAUAUUCUGAAUCAUUCUAGAAAAUUCUUGUAGAUUCUAGAAAAUUCUUGAUACUUCUACAUAUUUCUACAGUAUUCUAGAAAGUUCUAGAAUAUUCUGGAAGUGUUUACAUUGAAUAGAAUGUUCUAAAAUCUUCUAGAAACUUCUAAAAAGUGUCUGGUAGAACAUUCUGAAAGAUUUAAGAAAAUUUCUGAAAUGUAAGUAAAUUCUUCUAAAUAUGAGAAAUGUCUUGCUAGAUCUGGUCAGUUCAAGAAUGAUCUUAUUAGAAAUAAAAAAUCUUUAGAACACUUUAUAUCCUUUUCUUUUUUUUUCAUUGCUUUAACUUAUUUGCAAAAUUUCAAAAGCAAUUAGAUAAGCAAUUGAUUUUUUGCAAAGGUCUUUACCUGACAUGAAAACCAACAGAAACCCAUGCUAUAACGAAAUAAGGUAAAAAUGUAAAUUCAUUGUUCUUACCACAAAAGCAAAGUUUUGGGACCAAGAUACUUUUUUUUUCUUUUUUACUAUUCAGUUUAGAUGGAAAUAACUGGAAAAUUAUGGUUUGGGGCCAACGACGAGAAAAAAGUUAAAUUUUGUUACAUAUUGUUAUCGGUUAUCACCGAUAAGGUUAUUGUUAUCGAUUUAUCGGUUAUCGUGAUAUAUAUAUAUAUAUAUAUUUUUUCAUUAUUGCACCCAACUAUGCUGAGUAUGUAUCUCUCUAGUCUAGACCAGUACUCUUCACACUUUUUAAUGGUGUCCACCACAAAGUAAAUCUUAAAAAAAAAAUCUGUCCACCCUAACCUUUCUCCUGCUCUGAAAACCUCACAUUCUUGAUCUUGUAUAUCUAAUUAUAAAGUGUACGUUUGCUGAAAAUACAGUUUAUUUCAAACUUU